CCCGGCGGGAGGUUUUUCUACAUGAGUGGAGAAGGUAGAUGUUGCAAGUAGAAGAGAUACAACAUUUUUUUAGGAUGUCUGAAGAUGAAGAAAAAGUGAAAUUACGCCGUCUUGAACCAGCUAUUCAGAAAUUUACUAAGAUAGUAAUCCCAACAGACCUGGAGAGGUUAAGAAAGCACCAGAUAAAUAUUGAGAAGUAUCAGAGGUGCAGAAUCUGGGACAAGUUGCAUGAAGAGCAUAUCAAUGCAGGACGUACAGUUCAGCAACUCCGCUCCAAUAUCCGAGAAAUGGAGAAGCUUUGUUUGAAAGUCCAAAAGGAUGACCUUGGACUUCUGAAGAGAAUGAUAGAUCCUGUUAAAGAAGAAGCAUCAGCAGCAACAGCAGAAUUUCUUCAACUCCAUCUGGAAUCUGUAGAAGAACUUAAGAAACAAUUUAAUGAUGAAGAAACUUUAUUACAGCCUUCUUUGACCAGAUCCAUGACUGUUGGUGGAACAUUUCACACUACUGAAGAUGAAGCUGAUCCUCAGAGUAUGACUCAGAUAUAUGUGUUGCCUGAAAUUCCUCGAGAUCAAAAUGCUGCAGAAUCAUGGGAAACCUUAGAAGCGGACUUAAUUGAACUUAGCCAACUGGUCACUGAUUUCUCUCUCCUAGUGAAUUCUCAGCAGGAGAAGAUUGACAGCGUUGAAGACCAUGUCAACAGUGCUGCUGUGAACGUUGAAGAGGGAACCAAAAACUUGGGGAAGGCUGCAAAAUACAAGCUGGCAGCUCUGCCUGUGGCAGGUGCACUCAUCGGAGGAGUGGUGGGGGGUCCGAUUGGCCUCCUUGCAGGCUUCAAAGUGGCAGGAAUUGCAGCUGCACUUGGUGGUGGGGUGUUGGGCUUCACAGGUGGAAAAUUGUUACAAAGAAAGAAACAGAAAAUGAUGGAGAAGCUCACUUCCAGCUGUCCAAAUCUUCCCAGCCAAACUGACAAAAAAUGCAGUUAAAAAACAAACUUCAGUAUUACUGGCGCCAACAUGUCUAUCCUUUGCUGCUGUUGGACACUCAGUCAGCUUUUGGAACAUGAUUAUAUCAAAAUAGUGGCUACAGAUGCUCAAGUGGGAUUGAACUGUGAUAAGUGGAUAUAUUUUGUUGUUUACUAGGGUGUUAAUGGGGAUGUUAGAGAUUGAGGAGCCUGGACUGAGGGUGUACAGUGUUUGUCAGGUAAAGUUUAAGGACUGCCAGGGAGCAUAUUUUUUACCUGGAAAUGUGAAAACCCAACCAUAACUUUGAUAAGGAUUUGUGAUGUGUGAACAUGUUGGGUUAUGGAAGGAUAGUUUUCAGAAUAGUUUCUUCCAUAACCCUGACUUGGAGACUCCAAGGCUAAGCAUAUUGUAAGUAUGCUUCUUUAUCUCCUAAAUAUAGAUUUUUUAGGCAUUUUAUCAGAGAAAAGAAUGGAAGUUCAGCAGCUUUUCAUAUCAAAUAGGGAAAUCAGGACCUAGCAAGGUGCAUGAGUAAACUGCAUAACGGAGUCCAUUUGGUGAGCCUUAUUGCAAUUUGGUCUAACAAUAUUUUCAAGUGAAGGAAACAAAUAGUGUAAGAAAAUGG